AUGACGCUGUUUUACCAAGGAUCCCUUCAGGAGGGCAUUGCUCUCGCCGUCAGAGAUGCUAAAGGGGUGAUCUGUUUUGUCCGAGAUGACUCGGAGUUGAGCUCUACAUGGGAGGAUAGUCAUUUCAAUGAUAAGGAGGUUGUGGAAGCACUCAAUGCUAAAGCCAUUGUGUUGCGCUUGACAGCAGGCUCACAGGAAGCCGGAUUCCUAACUUCGUUUUGUCCGAUCUCGAAGUUUCCAACAGUGGUACUAAUCAAGAAUGGCACGCUAAAGGAAUACGUUGGACCAGACGUCUCAAAGGAAGACUUCCGCAGUAGAUUGCUUGCGGCUCUGGGGGAUGAAAAUGCACCCAAUCCGGCACCACAAAUGCAGGUGAAUGCUGUUCCUGCAGCUUCAGCUAGUCCUUCAUCCACGCCAGCGACUCCAGAGCCCCAGGCUCAAGUGCCACCAACUGCUAGUGCCGCGCGAUCUACACCAAAGCAGAGCAGUGAAGCUGCCAUAAAGAAGCGAAUUCUGACCGCAAUGCUUCCUAAACAAGAUGCAUCACCAACAAGUUCUGCUUCCGACAGCAGUAAGUCGGCUAAAGAUACUACGGAACAAGCCAAACCCCAGGAUAAGAAAGAUAAAGGCAAGGCACCCGCAUCUCAAAAGCCUGUCAACAAUGGUACCGGGAAGAGCGCAACUAUCAGCGAGCCAUCAGAACCCAGACCUGCAGUCCCUCGAGGGCCCCCAACCCAAUAUCGACUACAAGUACGCCUUUUUGACGGAAGCUCGGUGCGGUCUAGCUUCAAGCCCACUCAGAGCAUUCGAAAUGACGUGCGACCUUGGCUUGACCAACAAAUGGAAGGAGACAAUCGUCCCUACAACCUCAAGCAUAUUCUAAACCCCCUCCCCAGCGAAACGCUUUCCGUCACACAAGAGUCACAGACUCUUCAGAACUUAGGUAUUGGUUCUACGGCAAACCUAGUUAUGGUCCCCGUGUCUACAUACACAGAGGCAUAUUCGGCAGCUGGAAGCUUGCCAGUCCGUGGCAUAUCCGCCGUCUACAACAUCGCCUCUUCUGCUGCUAGCACUGCGACGGGUCUUGUUGGCUCAUUCCUUGGAUAUGGCGCAUCCACGCCAGCCAACGACGCAGCUCCCUCUACGUCUUCUUCUCCGGCUCCUGGCAGCAACCCGCGUACCAGGAAUACGGGGCCUAACAUUCGAACUUUGAGGGACCAACAGAAUGAGCGCAAGGAUAGCCAGCUUUACAAUGGGAAUCAAUUGAAUUUUGAGCCGCGGAAGGACCAAGAUGGGAAGGAUAAAUGA